AUGUCGCCAUCGAAAAUCCAUCUCAGUGAAAUCGCCCCAAGGCCCCGCUGGAUGACCUCUUGGGAGAGGCUCAAGCACAAGGAGGCACACUGGCUCGUAGAAAUGAUUGCAGAAAUGGUUGGGGUGUUUCUCUACGUCUACUCAGGCCUGGGAGCCACCGCUGCGUUUGUUCUGGGAACUCAGAUCGGGAGCAAUGGAUUAGGAUGCAAGUCUCAUUGUUCAUUAUAUACGAUCGGCUUCGCGUAUGCCAUGGGAGUCGUGUUUGCCGUUUCGCUUUGUGCUGCAACAUCAGGAGGUCAUUUCAAUCCAGCCGUCACAAUCUCGUUCGUCGUCUUCCGAGGCUUUCCCGCGCGCAAAGCAGUUAGAUACAUCUUUGCACAGAUUCUGGCAGGUUACAUAACCUGCUUUAUCAUCUAUGUCCAAUGGAAAGAUUUGCUUGUGGUUGCGGAGAACGUUCUGAUCGAAAAAGGCUUGUACGACACCAUGAUGUUCUCGAGCAGCGGGCCAGCCGGCGUGUUCGGUUUAUACGUCAGCCCUGGGACGAACCUGGCCCGCGUAUUUCUGAAUGAAUUUACCACAGACUUCAUGAUCGCCCUAGUCAUUUGGGGCUGCCUUGACCCCACGAACCACAUGGUCCCGCCAGCAGCCGCACCAUGGCUUGUCGGAAUGGCAUAUGCCGUUGCAGUCUGGGGGUACUCGCCUACCGCAAUCGCUGCCAACACCGCCCGUGACCUCGGUGGGCGCUUCAUGGCCAUGACCGUCUGGGGAUCCAGGGCCUCAGGAGGGACCUAUGCAGCUAUUGCUGCGCUGACGAAUAUCCCAGCGACGCUUUGCGCUGCUUUGGUGUAUGAGCUGUUUUUGGGUUCCUCAACGCGCACUCUUACAUCGCACCACAUUCAUUUCCUCCGUGCUCACAAGCAGUACCACGAGGACAACAAGAUGGCACCAUACGGAUACCUCGAAGGACUUAACACGCAACGUGGUCAAUCGGAAUCUUUCGAAUCUGACGUGGAGGAGAAAGUGCGAGAGAGUCGGAUCGAUACAGUGGAAGUGCCCGGAAACCGCGUUUAG